GCUCCGCAACAAUCCAUCUUAAACAUGCAAAAGAGCUGUCAAAUAUUUCGAGCCGGGCAUCGCCUAGGCCUUGUUCCAUUGCCUGCUUUUCGACCAUUGCAAUACUUUUCGAGCUUCUCGCCGGCCCAAGCCUGCCAUUCCAACCAAGUGAAAGAACAACCCCAGCGUCAGACUUCAACGAAAGAUGCCUCGACUACAACCACAAUUAGGCCAUCACUAUCCAUGUGGCAACUAAAAUUCUGGAACUGCCGGUCAACAUGGAAACGGGCAGGGAUUAAUACACUGCGGUGCCUUGUUGGCUGCACCCUUGGUGACUUCUCCGCCCUGUGGAUGCUGCAAACCUACUAUCCCGCCCUUGGGAUGGGCAAAAUCAUGGCUGCAUCUAUGGCGUCCGGCAUCACUACAUCGAUCAUUCUUGAGACCGUACUUCUUCGGCGGGGGGUUGACCAACUCUCUUGGCCAAUGGCAGCGCGCACAGCAAUGGGUAUGAGCAUGGUCUCGAUGGUGGCAAUGGAGGCAGCCGAGAAUAUCGUUGAUUACCAUCUCACUGGGGGCGUAGUGGCUCUUGGAGAUCCUAAUUUCUGGGUGGCGGCUGCAGUGUCGAUGACUGCUGGCUAUCUUGCUCCGUUGCCGUAUAAUUACCAUCGUCUGAAGAAGUAUGGAAAGGCCUGUCAUUGA